GGUCGUGGUCGUGUCAAGUUUCACAUAUUAACUAAAUUGUAAGUUCUACAUUAUUUGGAAAGUAAUGCCUAAGCACGAAGACUUUUCAUGGUUGAUGCAGCCCUGGCAUGCAUUACAAAACCAUAAACACAUAACAUGCAAUAAGCCAGAACGCUUAACGCUCGCAUUUUACUACUAGUUCCGACUAAUCGUCGCACCGUACUUGGUCGACGAUCCGAUCGACAGCUGCUUUACUGGUUUGUUGGUGUUCUGGUGUGCUGGUUUAUUCAAUCAAAAUGGAAUCACCGGUUGAAGUUGAAUAUAAAAGUCUUGAGCCGAUAGUUCGCGAUUUGAUAGAGAAAGCCGCAUUGAUUCGCUCCAAGGCUCACGUGCCUUAUAGUAAGUUCGCCGUUGGCGCCGCUUUGGUGACGGAUGACGGAAAAUUCUUUUCCGGUUGCAAUGUCGAAAACGCAUCGAUCGGAUUAAGCGUAUGCGCCGAGCGAACGGCCCUGACGAAGGCCGUCAGCGAGGGCGCGAAGACUUGCAAAAUAAUCGCCGUCGUCGCCGAUUCAAAAGCCGGCUCGUACACUACCCCGUGCGGAGCAUGCCGACAAUUCAUUAAAGAAUUCGACCAUAAUAGUAGGACCGUGAUCUAUUGCGCCAGACCCGAUGACACCACCAAAGUGUUCAAAGCGACCGCCGACCAACUUUUGCCUUAUUGUUUUCUGUCGUAUGACCUCACGAAUUAGGCCUUGAACUUGAACUUCUUCUUUGCAUAACUAUGCUAAGGCAUAUGUCGUUUGUACCGCAACAGGACCAACUCUUGAAAAAUAAUAACAGUGCUAAAACAUAAAUAAUCUAAAAUAUAAAAUUCAGAACAAUAAUAUAUAAUAUAGUUUAAACCUUUUGCACAUUGUCAAUUAGAAUAGUUUACAAUUUUAUUAGAUAUGACUUCUUUAUGAUAUUCAAUAAAUGAA